UUCUUCCUCCCAUCACCAUUCAUUCAUCUUCAACGUCAAAAAAAAAGCUGAACAAAUUCUUAAAACGCAGAAAAAUUAAAUUAAAUUAAACUGAAAAAUGGGUAUCUGUUCAUCAUGUGAAUCGACUUCAGUAGCAACGGCAAAGCUAAUAUUACCCGACGGAAGAUUAGAGGAAUUCUCAUACCCAGUUAAAGCUUCGUAUAUUCUGUUAAAAGAUCCGAAUGUGUUUAUCUGUAAUUCAGAAGAGAUGGAUUUCGACGGCGUUGUUGCGGCGGUUCGUGCGGAGGAGGAGCUUCAGCCUGGGCAGCUUUACUUUGCUUUACCGUUGAAGAGACUUAGCCGUCCUCUUACGGCGGAGGAAAUGGCGGCCUUAGCUGUGAAAGCGAACGCCGCCUUGUUGAAAAGCCGGGCCGGGGAGAAGAAGUGUGGGUGUAAGAAAAGAGGAGGGUUUUUCGGCGGCGGCGGCGGUGGUGGUGAGAAAGAGGAGAGGUCGUCUGCUAAGGUGGCGGAUGUGGGGUCCGCCGCUGGCCGGAGAAUGAGGAAUAUCGGAAAUCAGAAUCGGAGAAAGAUGGUUGUGGGUAAUUUAAGCGCAAUUCCUGAGUAAAAUGGGAAUGUGAUUUUAGAAACAAAAUUAGGAGUAGUUUUGUGUAUAAUUAGAGAUUUAUUAGACCACAAUUUUGUCCAUUAAUGGAUUUAAUAUUAGUGAUAAUUAUUACUCAAAAUCUUUUGGA